ACCCUCCCGUAAGAUAUAUAGUGCUGGUUGAUCGCAUUUAUUGGAGUCAUCUUGUUGCUAGAGUUCUCAGAUCAGUAUCACUCUGUCGUGCUGUUACUGGGAAAGAUCACUUCACUCCCGACCACUUCUCAAUCGACAAAAGUCGCAUUGUUAGGGUCAUCAACUGCAGUCCCCGUGGCUAUCAUUGUUCUCCAAAAGACUCCGGCCGUUAUAAAAGCGCCCUGUAGUUAUCGCCGCGACAGUUAAGGGAUCGCCUCUUAACGGCCGUUCAACAACGCAAUUGCUUAUUCUUACUUGUUGCGGCUGCAUUCUCGUGAAAAUAGGACUGCGACACGGACAUCGGCAACAAACACAAUCGAAAAUGAGCAACAACACGGAAUUCAAAAUACACAACAGCAAUGAGCUUGUAACGAAAUUCCGUUCGCUCAUCAAAGAAUCCAACAUCAACUUCCAGUUAAGCGACGAAUUGCUCAUGUGCUUCAUACAAGCACGCAAAUGCGACUUACACCGAGCUAUGAAGCUGCUCAACAAUUAUUUUAAAGCAAUGAAGAAUUAUCCGGAACUGCUUACCGAUUUGCGCCUUGAGCGUGUUAAACACGUUUUAGUUUCCAAUCAUUUUCUGUUGUCUCCACUUCGGGACCAGCAUGGACAUCGCCUGGCGAUAUUUAACUCGCUUAACUGGGAUAUCCGCGUUUGUAGUUUGGAUGACAUGCUUCGCACGGCAGUAUUUUGCUUUCAAAGAUUGGUCUCCGAGCAAGAAACUCGGUCUAAUGGAGUAGUACUCAUCAUGGAUUUCAAGGGCUUUACGUUUCACCAUUUUACACACGUCACACCAUCUUUCGCGAAGAAAGUAGCAGAUUUCGUGCAGGAUGUGUUACCUAUUCGUCUGAAAGGUAUUCACGUUAUCCACGAACCGCAAGUUGUCAAAUUCCUGGUGGCAAUGGUUUGGCCCUUUCUAACAAACAAAAUUCGCAAUCGGUUGGUUUUCCAUGGUUCGUGCUUCAAAACAUUGCAUCAUCACGUUAAACCUUCUUGCCUACCUAGCAAUUACGAUGGCUGGUUAGGAACACUGGAUUCCAUGAAUUUUUCUCGCGUGUUGUUUGAGAAGGAACAUGCAAAUAUUUUUGAAUGCUUCAAUUAAAAAUAAAAUCUAUUUAAGUUUCUUCAAGGAUGUGUGGAAUUGAAAAAAUCAUACUUUUACUUUCAAUAUUACCUGUCAUGGUUUCAUCGUUUCUGCAAAGCCAAACGUGACAUUUAUCACCACCUAGGGUCCUCGCUGUAUACAUUGCAAUCUCCGGUUAUCUUUAGAUCUAAAUUGUAUUAAUAUUAGACAUAUUCUGUGAAAUAUAAUAAAAUAAAUAACAGUUAAGUUCA